GGCGGGCCAAUGGGCGCGGGGCGGUGCGGGGCAGGGGAAGAUGGCGGUGGUGGCGCCGCUGCUGGCGCUGCUGUACUCGGUGCCGGGGCUGUGCCGCUGGCUGGCGCGGCCCUACUACCCGCUCUCUGCGCUGCUGGCCACCGCCUUCCUGCUCGUCCGCAAGGUCCCGCCGCUCUGCCACGGGCUGCCCUCGCAGCGGGAGGAUGGCAACCCCUGCGACUUCGACUGGCGGGAGGUGGAGAUCCUCAUGUUCCUCAGCGCCAUCGUGAUGAUGAAGAACCGACGCUCCAUCACUGUGGAGCAGCAUAUUGGGAACAUCUUCAUGUUCAGUAAAGUGGCCAAUGCCAUCCUCUUCUUCCGCCUCGACAUCCGCAUGGGCCUGCUCUACCUCACACUCUGCAUAGUGUUCCUGAUGACCUGCAAGCCGCCCCUCUACAUGGGCCCCGAGUACAUCAAGUACUUCAGUGACAAGACCAUCGAUGAGGAGCUGGAGCGGGACAAGCGGGUGACCUGGAUUGUGGAGUUCUUUGCCAACUGGUCCAGCGAGUGCCAGUCCUUUGCCCCCAUCUUCGCUGACCUUUCGCUCAAGUACAACUGCGCGGGGCUGCACUUCGGGAAGGUGGACGUUGGCCGGUACACGGACGUCAGCACCAGGUACAAGGUCAGCACCUCGCCCCUCACCAAGCAGCUGCCCACCCUCAUCCUCUUCCAGGGCGGGACAGAGACCAUGCGCCGGCCACAGAUCGACAAGAAGGGCCGGGCUGUCUCCUGGACCUUCUCUGAGGAGAACGUGAUCCGGGAGUUCAACCUCAACGAGCUGUACCAGAAGGCCAAGAAACAGCCGAGGUCGCGGGAGGAGGGUCCUGAGGAGCCCCUGGGAGCGCCAGCGGCCACCGGGCCCCAGCCCGCGGAGACUAAGAAGGACAAGUAGACGCUGCCCAUCGCCGCCCCGUGUCGCGCCCUGGCCCCGGGCCGGGCGGUCACCGCUCCUCUCAUCGCUGACAAUAAAGGGACCGUGACCGGGA